GUGUAAUAUAAGCUUUUAAUAAAUAAACAUGGGAUUUUUCGAAAUAAUUGGAUUUGCUGUCAUUUUGUAUUAUACAGUUCAAGUAAUGCUAUGGAUAAUACUUGACUGUGACAUUAUGUUGUACUUUAAGACACAAUGGGGAAAGCCUAUAACUAUAUUAAAAGGCAAGGUUGUGUGGAUUACAGGAGCAAGUUCGGGAAUUGGUAGAGAACUUGCUAAACAAUUAUCUAAAAAUGGAAUUCGACUAGUAUUAAGUGGAAGAAAUAUUAAAGAUUUAGAAGCAGCAAAAGUCGAAUGCAUGAAUUUCUCCAAAGGUCAAUUAAAAUCAAAAGACAUUCUAAUCCUUCCGUUCGAUAUGCUCGAUCUGGAUUUUCAUCAUGAGGCAUUUAAACGAGUAAUAACUCACUUUGGAGAUUUUCAUAUUUUAGUCAAUAAUGCUGGAAGAUCACAAAGAGCAGAAUGGAAUAAAAUUGACAUGAAUGUUGAUCGAGAAUUAUUUGAGCUAGAUGUAUUCUCAGUGGUUCAUUUAUCUCGAAUCGCUGUUACAUACUUUGAAACGAACAAUAUUAAAGGACAGUUGGCUGUAACAAGCUCAGUAGCUGGAUUGUUUGGCGUACCCAAUUCUGCUUCUUAUACUGGUGCCAAACAUGCUUUACAUGGAUAUUUUGAAGCACUAAGAACAGAAAAGAGAAUUAUCAAAGUCAAUCUCUUUUGUCCAGGUCCAACUUUUUCUAAUUUUCUCCAAGAAUCUUUUGUAGAAACACAAGGAGACAAAUAUAAUCAGCGUGUUAGUAGCACAGAUCGCCGAAUGUCAACAGAAAGAUGUGCAUAUUUAUUUGCAGUGGCUCUAGCAAACAAUAUUAAUUUAUCAUGGUCUGGAAUUUUCCCGAUUAAUAUGAUUCUUUAUGUUGGAUUAUACUAUCCAAACAUAGCAAAUAUAUUAAUGUCAAUGGGAGUGUCAAAAUUAUUUGGAAAAGUUCGAGACUCACGUUAACUCGUUAAAUGUUUUAGAAAUAAUUAGCUUUUAAAAUUAAAACAAUAUAAAAGCACAA